AUGGCGGCGCGCAGUCUGGGCUGCGGUGUCAGGCGCCUCCUGGACAUCCUACAAGGGCGAGCGGGACUGCGGGGGUGGCCGCUGCGCGUAGUGAGCUCGCCUUGCAGAGCCGCCUCCGGGCCCCCAGGUAGCACACCCACCACCGCAGACACUGCGCACCCUGCCUCUUACCGCACGCUGAGAGAGCAGGCUGCCCCGCAGCCCACCGCGGCAGACACCGCGCACCCUGCCUCGUACCGCACGCUGAGAGAGCAGGCGGCCGGGCAGCCCGCAGCCUUUUGGGGGCCGCUGGCUCGAGACUCGCUAGUGUGGGACACCCCCUACCAUACGGUCUGGGACUGUGACUUCAGCAGCGGCAAGAUCGGCUGGUUCUUGGGAGGCCAGCUAAACGUGUCUGUCAACUGCUUGGAUCAGCAUGUUCAGAAAUCCCCGGAGAGCAUUGCUUUGAUCUGGGAGCGAGAUGAGCCUGGAACUGAAGUGAGGAUCACCUACAGGGAGCUGUUGGAGACUACAUGCCGCCUGGCCAACAUGUUGAAGAGGCAUGGAGUUUGUCGAGGGGACCGUGUGGCCAUCUAUAUGUCUGUAUCCCCAGUGGCUGUGGCUGCAAUGCUUGCCUGUGCCAGGAUUGGAGCUGUCCACACAGUCAUCUUUGCUGGCUUCAGUGCGGAGUCCUUGGCUGGAAGGAUCAAUGAUGCAAAGUGUAAGGUGAUUAUCACCUUCAAUCAAGGACUGCGAGGAGGGCGUGUGGUAGAGCUGAAGAAGAUAGUGGAUGAAGCUGUGAAGCACUGCCCGACCAUCCAGCAUGUCUUGGUAGCUCACAGGACAGACAACAAGGUCCACAUGGGGCAUCUGGAUGUCCCACUUGAGCAGGAAAUGGCCAAGGAGGACCCUGUGUGUGCCCCAGAGAGCAUGGGCAGUGAGGACAUGCUCUUUCUGCUAUACACAUCUGGGAGCACUGGGAUGCCUAAGGGCCUUGUGCACACCCAGGCAGGCUACCUGUUGUAUGCUGCCAUGACGCACAGGCUUGUGUUUGACUACCAGCCAGGAGAUGUCUUCGGCUGUGUGGCUGACAUCGGCUGGAUCACUGGACACAGCUAUGUGGUAUAUGGACCCCUUUGCAAUGGAGCAACCAGUGUCCUUUUUGAGAGCACCCCAGUUUACCCUGAUGCUGGUCGGUAUUGGGAGAUGGUGCAGAGAUUGAAGAUCAAUCAGUUCUAUGGUGCCCCGACGGCUAUUCGGCUGUUGCUGAAAUAUGGAGAUGCCUGGGUGAGGAAGUACGACCGCUCAUCCCUGCGGACACUGGGGUCAGUGGGAGAACCAAUCAACCAUGAAGCCUGGGAGUGGCUCCACAAUGUGGUGGGGGAAAGCAGAUGUACACUAGUGGACACGUGGUGGCAGACAGAAACAGGUGGCAUCUGCAUCGCACCACGGCCCUCAGAAGAAGGGGCAGAAAUCUUCCCAGGAAUGGCGAUGAGGCCCUUCUUUGGCAUUGUCCCAGUUCUCAUGGAUCAGAAGGGGAAUGUUGUAGAGGGUGGCAGUGUCUCUGGGGCUCUGUGCCUCUCUCAGGCAUGGCCAGGCAUGGCCAGGACCAUCUACAGAGACCAUCAGAGAUUUGUGGAUGCCUACUUCAAGGCUUAUCCAGGCUACUACUUCACUGGAGAUGGAGCUCACCGAACUGAGGAAGGCUAUUACCAGAUCACAGGGAGGAUGGACGAUGUCAUCAACAUCAGCGGCCACAGACUGGGGACUGCAGAGAUCGAGGAUGCAAUGGCUAGCCACCCCGCAGUGCCAGAAACUGCUGUCAUUGGCUACCCCCACAACAUUAAAGGAGAAGCCGCAUUUGCCUUCAUCGUGUUGAAAGAAGAUGCAGGUGACUCAGAGAUAGUAAUGAGUGAGCUCAGGUCCACGGUGGCCACCAAGAUUGCCAAGUAUGCCGUGCCUGAUCAGAUCCUGGUAGUGAAACGUCUUCCAAAAACUCGGUCUGGAAAAGUCAUGCGGAGGCUCCUGAGGAAGAUAAUCACAGGCAGAGCUCAUGAUCUGGGGGACACCACCACUCUGGAGGACCCCAGCAUAAUUGCAGAAAUACUGAGUGCCUACCAGAAACACAUAGACAAGAGGGCUGCUGACAUCCAAGACCAUUCUUCUCCUAGCACAUAAUCCACACUAUCUCAAAUGUAAAGAUCGUGCUGAACCUUCUUCCUUCUUUCUGUUGGAGAACCCAUGCAGGGAUACUGUCAUAUGUUGUUGGUGUUUGUUGUACUUGUCUUGAAUUUGGUUUCCUGGGGUGAAGAGUCCCUAUCAUCUGUUUCUGUGUCCUCUCCAGACAUCACAGGAAGGUGAAACAUCUGGCAGAGUGUGUCUACUCAGAUGACUGAGAACUAGAAGGAGUCAUGUUUUUUCCAGAUGUUUCUAGAUACAAAAGGCAGAGAUUUUAUUUUUAUACUUUUGUAUUUUUGAAGAAUAACAUGCAAGUCCAUGUGUGGAAUGUGUGGAUUUGCUUGUACAUGCUCUUUGUAACAUUUAAAGUUAUGAAAACAUUCUUUUCUGCCUUUGUGGAGAAACAUGGAGAGGAUUGGAGGGUGCACUUUUAAUUAUUUUUUGGCAUACUUGGAAAUCUGAAUUGGAAGUGUUGGUACCUCAAUUUAAACACUGCUAUCUUGAGAACACUCAGGCCCACAACAUCUUUUCUUGGUGUAUAUUUCUACUUCUUUUAGUUUGUGUACAAUAAAACUCAACUGGUAAAUUGAUAACAUGAAAUUUCUCACCCUUAAAUUCUAAUGCUACUCCAGUCAUAUGUUCUGUUUCUCCAAGCUGUGAUCUGGAAAGAUUUCUCCUUCUCUACUUUGGAUGCCUCUUGUGGGGAAGUUCAGGGAGCCAGUGAAAACUAAGGUAACUUACAGCACUAAUCUGGCUAUAACCAGGUCCUUGCAAACUGUCUGUUCUUCAUUCUAUGCUUGGAGCAUAAGAACCAUAUAGGUUCAGUGAUGAGAGCUGGAGCUCUGAACGAAGUUUCUUUCUUUCAAUGUGCCUUAAGUCCUCUGAAGGUUAGCAAGAUGAUGUAAAUCAUCAAGUCACAAAGUGUUUAUUAUCCAAGCAUGCCAGGGUUGAUAGUGUGGGAUGUAGGGGAAGGUAGCCUGCUGAGUUAGAUUUUUGAGGACAGAGAAAGGUUAUUCUUAUCUUUAUCUCACAGUCUAUGGUGCCUUGCACCUGUGUAGGUAUUCAAGGGGUUUGUGGGGUAUAGAACACUUACUGUGGACUGUAGCUGCACUGUAGCUGCAUCGGGUGAUUAGGCGAUUACCCCUGUGACACCCAACAGGAUGGCCAUAGACUAUAGCACACACAUAUACUGGGUGAUGGUCUGUUGUUGCAGUGUUAGCCACAGAGAACCAUGCACCAGUGCCUAUCACAUUUGUGGUAGACUUGGCAGGCUGUAGUUAUGGUGUUAUUUAUAAAAUGACUUACAUGUAAACUUGGACAGUGACCAGGGUCUCAGAAUGAUCUGUAGGGCAGUUCAAAUAAAGCUUUAUUUUGCUCAUUA